AUGCGCGCUAAGAGAAAACGCCGAUUUAUUGUCCUAACAAAUUGCCAAGAAUCCAGAGAAUUUCGCACACGACAAUACUGCGCCGCGACAAGUCAAGCGAGAUCUUCUCGUGCGAAUGACGGCAUCAAGAGAGUCUGCAGUGGCGACAUUACGGACCGUAUACACUCCGUGGAAACCAUGGCGCAGCCAAGACCUCCAUUUGCCCCGGUCAGGAUAAUUGUACCUUUCCGAUCAGUCAUGGUUGAUUUAAACGAGGCAGAAAGGUUGCUGUUUAGUAGAUGGGGAAAACAGGAGGCGGGUAAAAACUACUUGUACAGCCCACGCGCCGUGUUUCUCGGUACCGAACAUAUGGUCAAUAUCGACCCCUCACCAACGCUAUACUGUCGUAUCAGAUGGAUGGAUGUCGGCUUGAUGGAGGUGAUGCAAGGGGGGGGCGCAAAUUCUGAAGUCGUGGUCGACAGCCGGGCUACUGUCGCAAAUCAGCAGAAUAUCGCCCAUCCAUUGUUGAAAGUACUCGACAAUAGCCUUUGUUUAUCUCUGCGCCGCAUCGACCAAGUACAUUCACAGUAA